AUGUUCGUCGAACCUAGGUAUAUUCUACUGAUGGGUCCUUCUGGCACCGGCAAAACAAGAUUCAUCAAUAUCCUCGCUGGAACGAAACUCCCGGAAGGUCAUAAUCUCGAGCCAUGCACACGUACUGUCGAGUGUACGACAGUAAUGUUAGACGGCCAGCCUGUCGUCUUGAUCGACACCCCCGGCCUCGAUGGGGACUAUAACACCUCUAAAAUCACCAGAGCAAUAUCCACAUACCUUAGAACCCUGUACAAGGAAAACAAAGACUUGGUUGGAAUCGUUUACAUGCAUCGAAUCUCAGACAAUCGCAUCAAUACCACUACGACGCGGUGUUUCGAUUCUUUCCACCAGAUCUGCGGCGAAGAGGCGAUGUACAAUGUGGCUGUGGUAACAAAUAUGUGGGAACUUGUGGAAAAGAGCAGAGCAGAGCAGAGGGUGCAGGACUUGAUUAGAACAAGCUACUAUGGCAAGGCCACUGAACACGGUGCUCAACUCCUUCACCACGACAACACCAGCGAAUCAGCAAAACAUAUUCUCCGCAAUCUGCUGAACAAGGAGCCGGUGCAAUUACAAUGUCAGAAAUGGCAACCAGAGGUCGGACCCACGAACCCAGAUACAAGACAUAGGCCUCGGUCGGAAUCACCUAAGCACCAAUCGAAGCGAAGAGGGAUGCUCAGACUCAUUCCUUGUAUCUCAUCGAAGGAUUGCGACUCACCAGGUGAUAAAGCAAGCUAG